CGCCGCCCCCCGCCCCGGGGGCCGCGCCGCUCGGGGGCGGGCGGAGGCGGCGGCAGCGCCCGCACCGGAGCCGGGCCGAGCCCAGCCGAACCCAGCCGAAAACAGCCGAACCCAGCCGAGCGGAGCCGAGCCCAGCCGAACCGAGCCCAGCCGAGCGCAGCCGAGGGGAGCCGAGCGUAUCCGCGCCCCCCCGCCCCGGGGCCGUACCGGGCCGUACCGGGCCCAGCGCCCGCCCCGCCGCCGCCUCUCCCCUCCACCAACCAGCCAGUAAUUUUCCAAGCCCGGUCGGCGUUUCCCGGUUGUAGCCGCCCGGAGGAUCGGCGGGGCCAUGGGAGACAAAGGCACCCGGGUGUUUAAGAAAGCCAGUCCCAACGGGAAGCUCACCGUCUACCUGGGAAAGAGGGAUUUUGUGGAUCACAUCGACGUGGUGGAUCCCGUGGACGGAGUGGUGCUGGUGGAUCCCGAGUACCUGAAGGAGAGAAAAGUCUUUGUGACGUUGACCUGCGCCUUCCGCUAUGGCCGCGAGGACCUGGAUGUGCUGGGGCUGACCUUCCGCAAGGACCUCUUCGUGGCCAAUGCCCAAGCCUUCCCCCCGGUCCCCGAGGAGAAGAAGCCCCUGACGCGGCUGCAGGAGCGGCUGAUCAAGAAGCUGGGCGAGCAUGCCUACCCCUUCACCUUCGAGAUCCCCCCCAACCUGCCUUGCUCCGUCACGCUGCAGCCGGGCCCGGAGGACACGGGGAAGGCCUGCGGCGUGGACUACGAGGUCAAAGCUUUCUGCGCGGAGAACCUGGAGGAGAAAAUCCACAAGAGGAACUCGGUGCGUCUGGUGAUCCGUAAGGUCCAGUAUGCGCCGGAGCGACCCGGCCCCCAGCCCAUGGCAGAGACCACCCGGCAGUUCCUCAUGUCGGACAAACCGCUGCAUCUCGAGGCGUCCCUGGACAAAGAGAUCUACUACCACGGAGAACCCAUCAGUGUCAACGUCCAUGUCACCAACAACACCAACAAAACGGUGAAGAAGAUCAAAAUCUCAGUGCGCCAGUACGCCGACAUCUGCCUCUUCAACACCGCCCAGUACAAGUGCCCGGUGGCCGUGGAGGACGCCGACGACAUGGUGGCCCCGAGCUCGACGUUCUGCAAAGUCUACACCCUGACCCCCUUCCUCGCCAACAACCGGGAGAAGCGGGGGCUGGCGCUGGACGGCAAGCUCAAGCAUGAGGACACCAACCUGGCCUCCAGCACACUGUUAAGAGAUGGAGCCAACAAGGAGAUCCUGGGCAUUAUCGUCUCCUACAAGGUGAAGGUGAAGCUGGUGGUGUCACGAGGAGGCCUGCUGGGAGAUCUCGCCUCCAGCGAUGUCGCGGUGGAGCUGCCCUUCACGCUGAUGCAUCCCAAACCCAAGGAGGAACCAGCACACCGGGACGUUCCAGAGAACGAAGCGCCCAUAGAUACAAAUCUGAUAGAGCUUGACACAAAUGACGAUGACAUUGUGUUUGAAGACUUUGCCCGCCAGCGACUCAAAGGUAUGAAGGACGACAAGGAGGAUGAGGAGGAGCGGACAAACUCCCCGCAGCUCAACGACAGAUAAGCGAGCCCCCCUCAGCUCGCCGGGCCGGCGCGCGCCAGUAACACCCGUGCAUUAGGCUUCUUCUCUUUUGUAUAAUUAUUAAUUUUGUUUUCUACCUGUACCGGGAGCCUAUGGAUCGCCCGAUGGCGACAGCAAUUAUAACCUUCCAGCUGUGCCGUGUUGUCACUCUUCAUCCAGCUGCCAGAGCUGCUGUUUCCCUUGCAGGGCAUGGCCGGAGGGGUGCUGGAGGCAAGGGGGGGGGGGGUUGUGGGGUCGCGGCACCCCUCGCCUUAGCCCCCCGCUCCCCGUCCAGCCCCCUGCCCCUUCCCUCCCUUGCACUCAGAGCCCUUUCCUAUGAGCUGCCUCUUUUAUGCGUUUUAUAUAAGUCCAGUCUCAACACCAGUUUGCUACAGGGAAGGGGGGGUGGGUUGCAGCAGAACUGGGGGGGGGUCUUUUCUAGGCAGCCUGCUCAUGGGAAAGGGCACCCACACACCUCGAAUGUCCCCUCCUUUGUCCCCUCCUGUCUGGCCCUGCUGCAUGCGUUCCCUCCCCGGGGUGCACGAGCCUGGCUUUGACCCUUGGACCCUGCCCGAGACCCGAGCCCAGCUGCUCCCCGGCAAAGGUUCGACCCGGCACCGGGGUUUGGAGCCGGCAAGACGGGUGGGCAUCGCUCCCCCUGCUCUUACCCUCAAAUCCUCCUAAAGCAGCCAACCCCGGGGGUUUAUUCUUCAGCUGCGUUGGUUUUUUACACCAGUACAGCCUCCCCGGAGGAAGCGAGCUCAGAGCCGUGAGUCGCCGGGUAAUGCCGGGUAAUGCCGGCGGACUUGGAGCUGGCAGCGGGGAAGCGCAGCCCCCGUGGGUCCGUGCCGCCGGCUGCACGAUGCUUGCUCUGGAAGAGGCUGCAAACGCCUCUUCUCAGCCACAGCAGGGUCAUGGCGUAACGACCUUCUUCCCAGCGGGGUUACACCGGGGAUGCUUUGGCCCCCCCCCAAGCUGCAGAGCUCCCCUGGUUGAUGUUUUUCCCCUGAUCUGUGCCUGCAUGGGGUCAAGCACCUAUUUGGGAGUGGGGAGGGGAAGGGGAACACAGCGUUUGCCACCCUAACUAGUGUUUCACCAGAUGCUUGUGCCUCCUGGCUUGGCGGUGCCCGUCCUGGGGCUCCCUCGCUGGGUGCCGGGGACCCAUCCCACCCCACAGACCCCCACCGGGGUCUGCAGGGGUCUCGGGUCUCCCACCACCACCCGAGAGGCCGUUCUCACUAUUUAUUGUGCCGUUGCGGUCAGCGUUGUCAUCUGAGAGCAACCCGUGGGGCUAGCUACAUCCCGCCCUGUUCAGGGGGGAUGCAGAGCUGAACCCCCCCCUCUUAUUUUUGGGUAAAGCUGAUGGGCAGCGUGGUACUUCUUUUUGUAAAGUGGUUACUUUGUACUGUUCAUGGAUACCUGCUUCUUUGGUUUCUCCACCAUAUCUGUGAUGUUUCUGUGUUCUGUCAAAUAAAUUAUUCUAGUUUAUUAAAC